CCCCGCAUUUCUUCAGAUCCACCAAGCUGAAUGAUUCGUCCUCGCAUCCUCUCCACAUGCUUCUUUAGGAUCUUGCAUGCUCCUCUCUCACCGCUGCUCGGUAUUCGGUCUUAUCAACAUGCCCACCAGGAGGUUACACAAGAGUAUUUGAAUCGUUGAUCAGCAGCAGGGGCAUCACUCCUCACCAACUUCUCUUUCUCACUCUCUCAUUCCCACCCAAACUCUGCUCUACAAUUGACCCCCUCACAUCGUAUUCUUCUCCAAAAUAGCCACCAUCAUGUCCAAUCCAGGCCAAAUCUCCCCUCUCCGCCCGAUCACCCGACACAUCACCACCCAUAACGCCUCGGGCAAAGCAGUCCUCCACUCCUCCACACCGGGCCAAUGGAAAUCCUACGACGAAAGCUACAUGGCCUUCAACGUCAUCUACACCACCUCCGAGUUCCCCGCCAACCUCAACGGCGACGCCGACCUCGCCGCACACGAGACAGUCGUCCAAUCCGGACACUUGGGCCUAGUCAACCCCAAAGGCACCGUGUGUCGGGUCGUCGACUUUGCGCCCAACAACCCUUGCGUGGUCCACCGCACGCAGAGUCUCGAUUACGGGAUCGUGUUGGAGGGGACUGUGGAGAUGGUGUUGGAGGAAGGGGAGGCUACGGUGAUGCAGAGGGGGGAUAUAGCGGUGCAGAGGGCUACGAUGCAUGGAUGGCGGAAUCCGAGUGCGACGGAGUGGGCCAGAAUGGCGUUCGUGUUGCAGGAUUGUCGGCCGCUCGUUGUUGGUGGGGAGGCGCUGAAGGAGGAUUUGGGGAUUGCCGAGGGGGUUUUGGAGCCGAGUGGAAAUGAUCAAAGUGCGUAGGAAGGAGAGAAAAAUAAAUAGGGUAGCACUUAUGGUGCUGAGCGCGUCGAACGACCAUCCCUGAGGUUAAACUGGAUGAGAAAUACAGGCAAGGUUCUCGUCCAAAAGGUUGCGAAUUGCGUUCCUCAGGAACGCGGACUAGAGGGGGGAGAAGGCUAUAACCCCAGAUUUCUCGAAGACCAUUCCCCCGAUUUACUUCCAACCUAGGUACAUUUUCAUACUUACUAUAUCAGGAGGAGUCCAACGUAGAGAUCAAGUAGGAAAAUAUCCACAA